AUGCGUGCACGUUUCACAGCACAGCAGCGUGGCGCGGAUUCAUCACUGCUAUUGGUUCAUGACGAAAGCCAUACACCUUUGAACAUCAGCUAUGUCCAUGGUCCUUCUACUGUACCUCCCCUUUCCCUAACUAUUGGUCAAAGUUUACUGACAACAGUGAAUAAAUGGCCUGAUCGAGAGGCUGUGGUCUUUCUUCAAGAUGGAAUUCGAAAAUCAUUCUCUCAGUUUCAGCAUGAAGUUGAUCAUCUGGCUGCUGGUCUUCUUGCACUCGGCUUGCAGAAUGGUGACAGGCUUGGAAUCUGGGGACCAAACAAUUAUGAAUGGAUCUUGUGCCAGUUUGCCACAGCAAAGGCUGGAAUCAUCAUGGUGUCUUUGAAUCCAGCUUACAAAAUCAAUGAAUUGGCCUUUGCUCUAAGGAAGGUGCAGUGUAAUGCUUUGGUGUGUCCUACUCAGUUUAAGAGCCAGAGGUUCUAUGAUAUGCUGAGAGAGCUCUGCCCUGAACUCAACAAUGCAGUGUCUGGUAGUAUUAGGAGCACCAGGUUGCCUGAUUUGCGUAAGGUGAUCGUGACAGACAGCAAGGAAACUGGUAUGUUGCAUCUGGAUGAUGUGAUGCAAGCAGCAGAGAGUCAGCAUCACAGGCAGCUGAACAUCUUACAGAGGAUCCUAUGCCCUGAAGACCCCAUUAACAUUCAGUUUACAUCGGGUACAACAGGAAACCCAAAGGGUGUCACCCUUUCCCACCAAAACAUUGUAAACAAUGCAUAUUUCAUCGGUCUGCGAAUGGGCUACAGCUUCAGAACACAGGUACGAGUUUGUGUUCCUGUGCCCCUGUACCACUGCUUUGGGUCUGUUUUGGGCGGAAUGUGCAUGGCGGUCCAUGGCAUCACAUUGGUCUUUCCUUCAUCUGCAUAUGACCCCCAGGCAAACUUGGAGGCCAUUCACAAAGAGAAAUGCACAGUGAUCUAUGGUACCCCGACAAUGUACAUUGACAUGCUGAGUCAGGAAAACUUUGACAACAAUAAUUUGUCCUCACUUGAGACAGGUAUUAUUGGAGGAUCCUCGUGUCCCCCUGAAAUCAUUCGGAGAGUGAUAAGUGACAUGAAGGUUAAACAGAUAACUGUAGCUUAUGGAACAACAGAAAACAGUCCGAUCACUUUUCUGGGUUUUCCUAUGGACAGGAUGGAGCUUAAGACUGAUAGUGUUGGGUACAUCAUGGACCACACCGAGGCUAAGGUAGUGGAGCCAUUGUCUGGGCAACUGCUCCCUCUGGGCCAACCUGGAGAGCUGCUCAUUCGAGGUUACUGUGUAAUGCAGGGCUACUGGGACGAGCCUGACAGAACACAGGAGAGCAUCACAGAGGACGGCUGGUACAAGACAGGUGAUAUCGCCAGCCUCAAUCAAUAUGGCUUCUGUCGUAUUGACGGACGCAUAAAGGAUAUGAUAAACCGUGGUGGGGAAAAGAUCUUUCCUGCUGAGGUUGAGCAGUUUCUUCACACACACCCAAAAGUGAAAAAUGUUCAGGUGGUCGGUGUGAAAGAUGAUAGACUGGGAGAGCAGGUUUGUGCCUGCAUUAAGGUAGCAGAAGGACAGGACUGCACUGUGGAGGAGAUCAAGGCUUAUUGCAAAGACCAGAUCUCCUACUUCAAAAUCCCACAUUAUGUGAUGUUUGUUGAGAAAUAUCCACUGACUGCUUCAGGGAAAGUUCAAAAGAAUAAACUGCGUGCAGAAAUGGAGAACAUUCUCGGACUGUAAUGCUGCCUCAACACUACAUCCAGAGAACAUAG